CUUGCUUUGCUCUCCGGCGUUACGGCUGCGUAGCCUCUGUACGAGGCCAAAUACGAGACUGCGCAUCCAGUUGGUUUCUCUCCUCUUACCUCCUUUUGCCAGGCUUCGCAUCAGUUUCGACUUUUCGCAUUAGCACGCAGCAGCCGAAAGCCGAAUCGCAUCGAUCCGCUUCAGCAGCACCAAAAAGAAAGGUGAAAAACGAGAGUAUCGAGGAAUGGUUCGAAGGUGUUUGCUACAAGCCAUCCUCGGCAUCGCGCUGCUGCUGUCGGCCAAACUCGGCGCGUCGCUCGCUGCCGCCUCCGGCCUCGAGGGGUACGGCGUCGUGGGCGACUUCAACUUGGAUCGCGGAACUGAGAUAUACGAGCUCGAGUACGAGGACUUUUGUCAGCCGUUCGCCGAUGCCGACUGGAGUCUGCUAAAUAAUCCCGCCAAUCCAGCUGCAAUCAAGAAAUGGCUGGAUGCAACGCUGUCCUUCGCGAAGAGCAGAAAGUCGGAGAGCACGGACGCGUCGGUGCUGAACGCGACGCAGGACAACACGCCAUCGGGCUACAAGCUGUCGGUGAUGAGGUAUCCAGGUGACGCCGCGCUCGACGAGGAUGACUUCGGCAAGUUGGCUACGUUCGUCACCGAAAACCGAGCACUGCAAGCCACCGCCAGAUACGACGACGGCGCGCGAAAUCUCAGCCGUGAAGAAGUGGAUUAUCUACUGUCGCACAAUGCCAAAGCGGAAGAGAAGCUGAGAGCAUGGACGUCUUGGCACGGGCAGUUCAGCUCUCAGCUCGACGACUACUUGAGCGUACUUCAGCUUGUUCAAAAGGCUGCUUCGGCGAACGAUCGACCGAACGCGAGGAGCUACUGGGAGAUGCUUACCGGCGAGCCGGACGCCUACAAGGACUUCGCCUACGGGAUGGGUCGCGUGAAUGAGCUGCGCACGAGGAUGGUGGACUUCGCGAGGAAACGAUUAGCCGAGAAAUACGACUCGGCGGGCAUCAGUAACGACAGCAUACCUGCGCAUCUGCUCGGUUCGCUAGUAGGCAGCGAUUGGACACACCUGGCCCUGGAUGUAGUACCGCAUCCCGAUGUCGUCUUCGGGAUUCGCGAGAAUCUCUGGAAGAACAGGCUCAUGGGCAAGUUGCUGUACAAGCCGGCCUCCGAUCUGGGCAAGAAGUUCCUCGGCAAGAAGAUCGGCAACCCGGAGAGUGGAUUCUGGUCGGACAGCAACUUUCGCGGCGAGUGCCCGGCGCGCCUGGUCAAGUUCUGUUUGGCGAGUAAAAUCCGCGUGUCGACCUGCAACGAGCCGUCGCUGUCCAAUUACCUGACGGCGCACAAGCACGUCGCCAAGAUACUCAUGAAGGAGAUGUCGUCCGUCAAUCCGAUCCUCAAUGAUUUCAAUCGAUACUCGGUCCUCGAAGAAGCCGUGUCGGAAUUCUUCUCCCUUCUGGCCGCGAGUCCGGCUUGGCUGAGACAAAUGGGACUGAUCAACGAGACGAUUGGCAAGGAGGAAGCUAAAAUAACCUCGCUGGCGAUUACUGCACUCGACGUGCUUCCACGAUUAGCUUAUUACUACUCGGCGGAUAAAUGGAGGCUCGAUGCUAUCGAGAGAAACGAGUCGGAUUCCAAGGCGUUGCUGUCUGACUGGUGGAAAAAUAGACUGCAAAACGAAUGUGUGACUUCUAGUACCAAUAAUUUACCUACGUUCUUAAGCGACGAUCACAUUGUUAGCAACAAGCCCUACCUCUCGAAAGUACUUGGAAUUGCGAUGGCCUUCCAAUUCUACGAGAAUAUUUUCGGUAAUACCAAUGUGAGGGAAACUCCCUUCGGCAAAAGUUCCUUGAACAAAGACCUCAUAAACAUGGUGCAAAAUCACUCCAACGACUGGAAAGUGUUGGUGGAAAAGUACAUGGACAUUCGGUCCAUCACUUUAGAUUCGCUGGAGAAUUACUUCUUCGAGCUGGAUCAGUUCUUCCAGAGUUACGAAGAACCAAGCGAAACGCGCGAUUACAACGCCAAAGAAGUCGAAUUAGAACAGCUCGAGAAGAAGUAUCGCAAAGUUAUCAACGCGCCAACGACGACGACGACGACGACGACGACCACCACCACCACCACCACCACCACCACCACGACCACGACCACCACGACCACGCAACGGCCGAUAGUCAAAAUCAUACCGAAAGAGUCGCUGCAUAAGCUUCAACCGACUGGAGCGACGGAAGUCGACACGGGUUUCGCUGACGAUUACGACGACGAGCAAAAUCGAAAGCCAAAGAUCAACACUAGUAAAGCCGUCUGGGCUGUCGCUGCCGUUCUCGUGGCUACCCUUACUAUUUGCAUUAUCGCGAUUUUCGGCAAACGGAGGUGCAAGAAGACACCAAAGAAUCGACGAUACGUUUAAAAUACUUCCUUAUACGCUUCUAACAUUCCAUGCGGUGGUGAAUCGCGUUUUCACUCGUCGACUGUCCUUGUUUUUGUUCUUUCUAUUACCUUGUUUUUUUUUUGUUUUUCUUUCUCUUUGUAAUAUUUAAACAUUUGCACUUCGAAAUCCAAGUGCCAAAACGCACAACUGCCAAUUCAGCACUCGAUAUCCCGCCGAUUGUAGUUUGACUGUCGAAGAAAAAAAACGCUGUACUCUUUCGUCUACGCGCCGCGCACACGCGCGAGCGCAGCGUCGAUGUUGUUCUAUUGAGAGGAAGCAAUCGUAACAGUAUUCAAAACGUACUGUGAAGUCCUGAAGAAGAUGCGUAGCGCGUUCGCACUCAUCUUCGAAAGGUAUAUAAGCACGCGAUCGUCGUCGCGCGCAAUGUGAAUUUAGUUUAGGUAUGUAAUACUAUUAGAGAAAAAGAAAAAGGGAAGGAACCGCGGAGUAACGUUCCUGCUUAUUUUUUUUUUGCCGUGUGCAACCCGGUGACGUUUUUUUUCUUUCCUUUUUUGUAAAUAUAUACAAAGAUUUUUCUGCGUUAGGUUACUUUUAUCCUCUUUCGAACAUGAAAUUUUUAUGUAAGCGAGAAAGGUUUGUUUCUGUUUUUUUUUCAUCGCUGACGACGUAACAACUAUUUUUCUCUAGUAAAGUCCUCUAUGUUAUUUGUGAAAUUUUAGGCUCGCGCUUUGCGUUUGCCGCAGGCUGACUAUAUCAUUACUUCGACUGCUAAAUAAUGAGGCUUUUAUUUUUUAUAAAAUUAUUUAUUUUGUAUCCGAAUAUUCAAUUUUUUAGCGAUGAAAGCAAUAAAUUCCUAUAAUUAAGGUA